ACCCUGCUCGCGGCCUGCGCCCGAGGAAGCCGGAAGCGGCGGCGGUCAGCAUCACCGGCUGGGGUUGGAGAGGCGGCAGUGAGUGCCUUGGGGUUUCUGAACCCCGCAAUGGGUCCGGACGCGACAGUCGCGUUGCGGAGGUCGUUGCUUCUGCCGCGGCUGCUACUGGUGCCGCUGCUAUGGUCGUGGCUGGCUCUGGGCGCACUCGCCUCGGUCAGCAGCCCUCACAGAGUCCUCUACGACCUCCUGUCGGAGCAGCAGUUGCUGGAAGUGGAGGACUUGUCCCUGACCCUGCUGCGGGGCGGAAGGCUGGGGCCGCUGUCCCUACCCCCUGACCUGCCGGAUCUGGAUCCCGAGUGUCGGGAGCUGUUACUGGACUUCGCCAACAGCAGCGCAGAGCUGACCGGGUGUCUAGUGCGCAGCGCCCGGCCGGUGCGCCUCUGUCAGACCUGCUACCCCCUCUUCCAACAGGUCGCCAACAAGAUGGACAACAUCAGUCGAGCCGUGGGGAAUACGUCAGAGAGUCAUAGUUGUGCCAGAAGUCUCUUAAUGGCAGAUAGAAUGCAGAUAGUUGUGAUUCUGUCUGAGUUUUUUAAUUCCACGUGGCAGAAGGCAAAUUGUGCAAAUUGUUUAACGAACAAAAGUGAAGAAUUAUCAAAUAGCACACAAUACUUCCUCAGUCUAUUUAAUCAAACCUUGACCUGCUUUGAGCAUAACCUCCAGGGGAACAUUCACAGUCUUCUGCAGUUAAGGAAUUAUUCAGAAGUUUGCAAAAACUGUCGUGAAGCAUACAAAACUCUGAGUAGUUUGUACAAUGAAAUGCAAAAAAUGAAUGAACUUGAGAAUAAGGCUGAAUCUGGAACACAUUUAUGCAUUGAUGUGGAAGAUGCAAUGAAUAUUACUCGAAAACUUUGGAGUCGAACUUUCAAUUGUUCGGUCCCUUGCAGUGACACAGUGCCUGUCAUCGCUGUUUCUGUGUUCAUUCUCUUUCUACCUGUUGUCUUUUACCUUAGUAGCUUUCUUCAUUCAGAGCAAAAGAAACGCAAACUCAUUCUACCCAAACGUCUCAAGUCCAGUACCAGCUUUGCAAACAUUCAAGAAAAUUCAAACUGAAAUCUACAAAACAGAUAAUUAACAUCAUAUUCCAUGUGAAUGGAAUGAAUGGCGGAAGAUACAGCUUGGUCCAAAAGAAGAUAAACUGAUUUGACAAGUCAAGUCCCUAAGAAAUGCAAAGACUUCAGAUUUAUUUUUAAAUAAGAAUUUUCCAUUUUUCCUUCCUCUUCCAUCCCUUUUUUUAAAGGUUUGGGUAUUUUCAAUUUCUAGGCCUACUAAUGUCAUCUAUUUUAAAGUGUAUUUGUUAUAAUAACAAAAGAUGCAAGAACAAUCUUCGUUUUAUUUUGUAGGCAUGUUAUUACUAUUUGAGACUUCUGGUAUCUACUUAUUAAUGUAGUACUUAAGUAGCAAAUUUUUUGAAAACUAACAUUUAAAAAUUAAUCAGUUAUAGCAAAGACUUUGGAAAAAGAAAUAUACUUGCCAAAAGUAACAGGUCCAAAGAUUAAUUUAAAUUCACCAUUGCAGUAUUAUUGUUAGCAUAUAUAUUUAAUAUCAUAUAUUACAAAUAAUAUGUAAUUCAAUCUCUAGUUUCCUUCAAGUCAUUUUUGAAACCACUAAGUGUAAACCUCCCUAACAGUUUUUAGAAGCAGGAAGGCACAUUACAUUUAUCUUUGUAAAAAGAUUUAUGGUAACUGGUUUCUUACUUAACUUUUAUAAAUAGUAUUUUGCACCUUUUUUUUGCCUUUAUUUCAUAAGUAAUUUGAAAUCACUGGACUGCUGUAUUAUAUUCAGGGCAAGAUGGAUUCUUUUUCUACUAGGGAUUUGCAUUGUGAAUUACAUUAAGUUAUUUGGCAAUUUAUAAUUUAUUACUACUUUAAAACAAACAUAGCAUUAUCACAAUAUAUUUAAGCUGUGAUUUUUUUAAAAUGAAGAUUCUUUUGGGUUAUAUGGAGAUAUUUGGAGGGGAGAGAAAGGAAGGAUAAAAAAAAGUUAAGGCUCAGAAAAUAGAUAGGGAAGGACCUGAGGGAUGCACACUAUAAGACUGUUGGAUGGUUCAUGUUGAGGGCGUGAGUUAAGAUUAGAGUCUGAUAACAGAAAGCAGUUAGGUUAAGAUGCUUAUUUUUUUCUAAAUUAUUUAAACAGAUAAACAUGAUAUGAUGGAAAUGAAGCCUGAUAUUUCAGUAUCAGAAAGCAAAUUCUAUUUUGGAAUGUUUAUAUCAACUUUUUUUUUUUAAAGCUUCAUUUCAUAAUUGGGCAUAGCUUUUUUCCUCAGGUUUUUAGUGCUAGAUAUUUCAUUUGUUAAUUCCUUCUUGCUUUCUGGGUGAAAAUAGACUUUGUUUUGUAUGUUGAGAGUAUGAAGUCUGCUCUAUAUAGAAGUAAGAGUUAGGUUAAAUAGUACAAGAAUUUUAAUCCCUUUGUAUACUAUAAAAUGCUCUGUAAUGAGACAAGAAAGUGUUUUUAAUUUUUUUUUAAUGUUUACUGUAUAUGCAGAGUGAACAAGAAGGCUAUGGAUAUGGAUAUGUAACAUAUCCAAAAGCUGUUACAGUUUUUCUAGUCUACUGUGACCCAUUUAAAAUGUGCUGGGGUUUAUUCUGCUGUCACUGUUCACGCUGCUGAUACUAAUAGCACUGUCUUGAUUUGAAGCAUAUAGUUGAGAGCCAUUGAAAGCAAUCUUUCAUUAAUGCAGAUAAAACCAGUUUACAUAUGCAGAGUUACAAAAUGGCAUAUUUGAAUCUGUAAGUAGUGACUCUUUGAUCACCUUUCAAUGUUAUGUAUUUCUAAAAACCAUUGCUUUUGGAUAUGGUUGCUAAUAAGCACUUUAGAAAAGAAAAAACCUUUACUAUUUUUCUGGUUGAGUCAUUGCUCUUUAGAAGUAGCAUCAGCAAUAGAUUUAAAAAAUAAGUAUUAAGUGUUACACUAAAGUGUGUAAAUACUUUAUUUUUUAGUUAUAUUGAAAACUCCUUUGCAUAGUUGUAAAUUCUGAGACACAUAGCAAAUGUGUGUGCAUAAGAUCAUCUUUAGCUUUUUGACGCUUUGAAAUAAAGGAAGUAACUUAAGGAAA